CCCGAAUCUCAGCCUCUCCUAUUGGGCUUUUCCUGCUUUUCUCUCUUCUUCAAUGCCCAUUUUUGGGGUGGUCUUGGUUUGUUUUUCACAUCUGCCUUUUGCGUCACCUCCUGACGGCAUACCCUCAAACCUCCCUUCCUCCAGCUCAGGGUAGUGCUUGGUCACCUGGGGCUUGACUUGGCAGCAACUACGGGCAAUGGGACACUUCUCUUGCAGGUUUGGGAUGCUCCUGGUUGUGCAGGGAUAGAUGGAAACAAGCUCAGAACCUCCAGGAGCAUCCCUGGAGAACAUCAGGCUGAUGGUUUCUCCUCCCAACACAAGAAGGUCUGAGAGAAGAUGGAGAUCCAUCCAUUCCAAUGUUUUUUUCCAAUGUAUUUGGGAUCCCCUCCCAUGGAAAGCCUGACCUCCUCCGGGAGGACCAGGGCAGCAGCCCUGGGUGAGAAGGUCGAUGUGGCUUUAUCAACACGCUAUCACUUUCUGCCUUGCUCUGAAGGCGGCCACACUGUUGCAGCCCAAUUGGAGCAAGCGCUUUCUAAUUAGUUUUUACUGCCGUUGUCGGUGUCUCCAGGAAGCUGGAGGAGCUCCAGAGGCUGCAGAAGGACCUGCUUGAGGAGCUGGACUUUGGUUUCCAACUGUCACCUGCAGGGUAACAGUUCUGAGGUUGAUCCAGCAGGAACAUUCUAAAGGGAUUUUCCAGAAGGGAGAACCAGCCAGGGUGGGAUUUCAGAACCUUUUCUCUCAUUGCCUUUUAUUCCCUGGAAGGAAACCACCCAUAUCUGGGGGAAGGAAAAGAAAAUGAAAGUUAUUGAAGUUAUUUGGGAGAACUGAAGCCAAAACUGGCAAAAUCCCAGGUUUCUGUUCAAACCUCCUUCCCCUGGGAUAAUGUUGUUUCUGGUGUAGUAGCAGUGGUUGUUCCGAACAGGCUGGAAUCUUAUCUGAUUUCGAUGGGUAAGCCCUAUCACCUGCUAUCUCUGGCUCAUCUGUCCAGCUCUCUAUGCAAUAGUGUGCACCUAUCAAUAUACUAUUGUCUUCUCCUCCUACCCACUGCAUCCAAACUGCCUAAGGCACAGGAAAGGGCAACUGGGACAAGAUUGCCUCAAUUCUUUGUGUUCCUCUUCCAAAUCCUCCUGCUGGCAGGUCUCCUGAGUGCCAAGAGGUUCCCAUGCUUCCCUGAGUAUUGUCUCCAUGACAAAGACUAUGAAGAGCUGCUGGACAUCGUUAAAAAUGGGCUGGAGCCUGCAACUCACCCAGCAGACGUGGUCAUCGUUGGUGCAGGGAUAAGUGGGCUCACAGCGGCGAAGCUGCUCCGAGAUGCCGGCCACAGGGUCACUGUUCUGGAGGCCAGCAGCAGGGUUGGUGGCCGGAUCAGGACAUACCGCUCCGAGGGGCAGGACUGGUACGUGGAGCUGGGACCCAUGCGCCUGCCGACCAAGCACAGGCUGGUCCGGGAGUUCAUCAGGCAGUUUGAGCUGAAGCUAAACCCCUUCAUCCAGACCGAUGAGAACACUUGGUACUUGGUGAACGGCAUUCGGGUAAGAGCCGAGGAAGUGAACAGGAACCCCAAUAUCCUCAACUACCCGGUGGAGCCAUUGGAGAGAGGCAAAAGUGCCGAGCAGCUGUACCGGGAAGCACUGCACAAGGCUUUGAAGAAGUUCCAGGAUACAGACUGCAAGGAGUAUCUAACUAAAUACGACUCCUUCUCCACCAAGGAGUAUUUGAUCAAAGUAGGGAACCUGAGCCGAGGAGCGGUCCAGAUGAUCGGUGACCUCCUGAACGAGGACUCGGGGUUUUACCUGUCCUUCCUGGCCUCCCUGUGGGACUUUGACAUCUUCUCUGAUGAGAGAUUUGACGAGAUCACGGGAGGGUUUGACCAACUGCCCAAAGCCUUCCACAAAGCAUUGCCCAACAUCAUCCAGUUCAAUUGCACGGUGAAGAAGAUCGUCAGGAAGGGGAACAAAGUCCACGUUCAUUACCAUGCUCCGGACACCCUGGCCCCAACCACAGUAACUGCAGAUUACGUCCUUGUCACCUCCACCACCAAGGCCACCAGGCACAUCCAAUUCCUGCCACCCCUCUCUGCUCCCAAGACCCAUGCCCUGCGCUCCCUGCACUACGCGUCCUCCUCCAAGAUCGUCUUGGCUUGCAAGGAGAAGUUCUGGGAGCGGGACGGCAUCCGAGGGGGACAAUCCAUCACCGACCGCCCUUCCCGCUUCAUCUACUACCCCAGCCACAACUUCUCCAGCGGGGUGGGCGUCAUCCUGGCUUCCUACACUUGGAACGACGACGCCGACUUCUUCCUGCCUCUCACGGAGGAGAAGUGCCUGGAUGUGGUCUUCCAAGACCUGGCAGCCAUCCACCAGGUGAGCAAGGGGUACCUGCAGGACACCUGCACCCAGCACAUCAUCAAGAAGUGGCAGCUGGACAAGUACUCCCUGGGGGCAUUCGCUGCCUUCACCCCCUACCAGUUCACCGAUUACUCGCGGGACCUCUUCGAGCACCAGGGCCGGGUGCACUUUGCAGGGGAGCACACGGCUCAGCCCCACGCCUGGAUCGACACAGCCAUGAAAUCCGCCGUCAGGGCCGCGAGCAACAUCCACCACGACAGCGGGGAAGCCGCGGUGCUGGGUAAGGGGCAGGCAGGAUGGGCCCUGCAGAAGGAGGAUCUCUGAGGGCUCCACCGGCGUGGUUUGAAGGCACUUUUGGUGGUGAAAAUCUCUUCCUUUCCAAGCCAAGGCAGCAGUGACAGCGUUAAGCCGAGCAGCACUGGCUGUCAUCAGCAUUCUGGUUCAACACUUAAGGGAGCAGGGAGCCCUAAAAGAAGGAAUGUCCGAGCAGGUUUCACAACUCUAAUUUUACACACCACAGUAAUUUCUAAGUUGUUUAUGUUCAAAGUACUUCAGGAAUUACUAAGAGGGAAUAAAAGUGGGUACUUCUCA